AUGUCGAAAACUCAAUUCACUACAACUCAAGAUGAGUUGUUAGUUGAAGAAGUCAGCAAAAACCGUGUGCUGUAUGACAGUUCACACGAGAAACAUAAAGAUGUGAAUUAUAAGGAUGCAAUUUGGAACAAUAUUUCUACCGUUGUUGGGCAAUGUACUGAAGAUUGCAAAAAACGUUGGCGGAAUAUACGCGAUACUUAUAUGAGACAUAAAAAAAAACUUGGAACUGGGUCGUCAGCAUUGUCAAAAAAGAAAUGGGCUUUGGCUGACAAUUUAACAUUCUUGAACACCGUAGAAUACGAAAGAAAUACAACGACAAAUGUUAAUGCGAAUGUUACAACAACAAUUAAUGAUAACGCAAAUGAUAACGCAAAUGAUAAUGCAAAUGGUUCUUUAAUGGAUACCUUAAGUGAAGAAAGUAGUGAGUUAUUUGAAGAAGACACUGAAAAAUCCACUAAAGACCCAAAUUCUAAUGAACUUCAAAACCCAAACAAAAAAUUUAAAUCUAAGUACAACAAGACAGAUUUUUCAAAACGUCAAUUGGAAAGAGCCGUUAUUAUUCAAAAUUUACAAAAACAAAAUGAAACGAUUUUAAAUAAAGUGACAAACAAUGACGAAACCGAUUUAUUUUUCCAAAGUAUUGCGGCAAUGGUGAAAAAACUACCUCCUAGAGGCAUAAGCGAGGCAAGACUUCAAGUUCUAAAAACGGUGUCACAACUCGAAGACAAGUAUUUAAUUAAUCCUCAUGUACCUACCCCAGUGGCAUUUUCAACUACCACUGUUUCUGGAUAUGAUUACAACAUAGCCCAGUCAAGUUCUACACCAUCAUGUCAAAGUUUGCCAACAAACUCGCAAGGAUUUGUACCAUUUGUAUAUGACAAUAAUUUUACAAAUCAAAAAUAA